UUAUUGACUGAUUUGAAGAUUCCGAGCAAAUUCUUGGGAAGCGCCUAUCAUUUGUGGAAGUUGAUAAAAUUCCACUAACUAAGAAAUUAAUAUUUAAUUACUCAGGUGAAUGGUACUCUUUGCACCUGUUGUCGCCUUUGAAUCAAGCUGCUUAUUGUUUUUUCUUCCUCUUGUCGUUAAACACUCAUCUUCUUCUCUGGUCAUUAGAAAUUUUUCUUGUUUUUCCUGUUGGGAAAUUUAAUCACUUUCUUGGAAUUAUAAUCUUGUGCAAAACUAUGGGGAACGUUUGCUCGUUUCAAUUGCCGUUUGAUACCAUAAUUUCUCGCUGCUGGGAUUGUGUUGCUGGACAAGUAAUCUACCCAUGCCAUCUUGAAGAAAACCUUGCUGACUUGAACACAGCUCUGGACGAAUUAAAGGAGAGAAGGAAUGAUGUGGAGACGAGAGUCAACAUCGCUGGACAACAAAAAUUGAGGCCGCUGGAUGAAGUUCGAGGAUGGCUUUCAAGGGCAGAAACUAUGGUAAAUGAAGUUCAACUGCUUAUUGAUGGUCCUGAAGAAAUCAAGAAUUUAUGCUUGGGAGGCUGUUGUUUCAAGAAUUGCAAGCCUACCCUCAAUUUCAGCAAAAAAGUUGCCAAAAGACUACGUGAUGUUAAGGAUCUAAAGGGAAAGGGAGAUUUUAAAGUGGUAGCUACGGAGGCACCUGCACCUCCGGUGGUUCAAAGACCGAGCGACUCUGCCUUAGGCUUGGAAUCCAUGUGCAAUAAGGUCUGGAGUGCCUUUGAACAAAAGCAUGUGGGAAUUAUUGGCUUAUAUGGCGUUGGGGGAGUUGGCAAGACAAGGCUCUUGACUGAAAUCAAUAACAAGAUUGGUGUUUUAUCCGGUGGUUUUGAUGUGGUUAUUUGGGUUGUGGUGUCUAAAGGAUUUUAUAUUGGAAGGCUCCAAGAUGAUAUUGCAAAGAGGAUUGGCCUUUUUAAUGGAAUUUGGAGUGAUAAAACACCCGAUGAGAAAGCUAUCGACAUCUCGGAGAUUUUGAGAGAAAAGAAAAUUGUAUUGUUGUUAGAUGAUAUAUGGGAAAGAGUUGACCUAUCCAAGGUAGGGAUACCUGUCCCGACUCAAGAAAAUGGUUCCAAACUAAUUUUUACAACUCGUUCCACUGAGGUGUGUGGCCAAAUGAGAGCUCAUAAAAAGUUUCAAGUGCAAUGUUUGCCCGAAGAAGAGGCUUGGAAAUUGUUUGAGGAACAUGUUGGUAAAGAUGUCUUUGACAGUCAUCCAAAUAUUCGUGGGCUAGCUCAAGAAGUGGCCGAAGAAUGUGGAGGACUACCUCUUGCACUCAUCACUAUCGGCCGUGCCAUGGCUUGCAAGAACACACCCGAAGAAUGGAAAUACACAAUUGAAGUCUUGAAGAAAUCAGCCAAUUUCGUUUUUCCAAACAUGGGUGAUGAGGUAUAUCCUCUUCUAAAAUUCAGUUAUGAUAGUUUGCCAAAUGAAAUGGUUCGAUCUUGCCUCCUAUAUUGUAGUUUGUUCUCGGAAGAUAACGAAAUUGAUAAAGAAUGGCUGAUAGAUAUCUGGAUAUGGGAAGGAUUUUUGGAUGAACAUGACACCAUAAGUGAAGCUCAAAACCAAGGCCACCACAUCCUUUGUUCUCUCAUUCAUGCAUGCUUAUUGGAAGAAGUAAAUGAUUGGAAAAUAAAAAUGCAUGAUGUUAUUCGUGACAUGUGUUUAUGGAUAGCAUGUGGUUGUGAAGCGGAGAAAUGGAAGUUUUUUGUGCGAGCAGGUUAUCAUUUGACUCAAAUGCCAGAGGCUGGAAGUUGGAAAGGUAUACGAAGAAUGUCAUUGAUGAAAAACGAGAUUGAAGAUCAAACGGAAGCACCUAACUGUCCCGAUCUUCAAACUUUGUUUCUCAACGAGAAUCGUCGGUUGAGGGUGAUUCACGAUGAUUUCUUCCAAUUUAUGCGUGGCCUAAAAGUUCUAAGCUUUUGUGGAAGUAAUGGUCUAACUGAAUUGCCAGUGGCGAUUGCAAAAUUGGUAUCUCUAGAAUAUCUCGACCUAUCAUGGACAAGUAUAAGAGAGCUACCCAUUGAAUUGAAGGCUUUACAAAAGUUGAAGUGUUUGAACUUGAGUUGCAUAUUCAGUCCCAUCACAAUACCUAGAGGGUUGAUAUCUGGUUUCUCAAAUCUGCGAAUAUUGAGGGUGCAUCACUCUUAUCCUUUCGAUGAGGCAGUAGAAGAAGGUAAUGAAUGCUUGUUAGAAGAAUUGCAGUGCUUGAAUCACUUGAACGCAUUGUCCUUGUCUGUAAGAAGUGCUUUUGUUCUUGAUAGAUAUUUGAAUGCAGAAAGAUUACACAACUACACUGAAGCUAUUGGGCUUGAGAUUUUGAAGGACAUAAAGCAAUUGAAAAUUUUAUCUUUAGCGAAUAUCAAGUCUCUACGUACUCUAGAAGUUAUGGAGUGUAAAAGUUUGGAAGAAGUGAAGAUGGAGUGGGCGGAGGAAGGAAGAAUGAUAAAAGCACAGAGCCACAUUCAAACCUCUGUAAGUGCAACCCAACAUUGCUUCCAAAGCCUCCACGGGGUGAUCAUAUCCGGAUGCUCAAAAUUGAGGGACAUAACAUGGCUCAUUCUCGCUCUAAAUCUGAGUGUUGUUCAUGUAAUCCAAUGCGAUGAAAUGGAAGAAAUAAUCAAUGAGAUAAAGCUGAGUCAGGUGGCAGAUCUUGUAGGAACUUUAACCCCAUUUGAAACACUCAAAUAUCUUAAAUUAGAGUUUCUCCCAGAAUUGAAGGGCAUUUACUGGAAUGCACUACCCUUCUCAUGUAUCAAGGAAAUUAGUGUUCAAAAUUGCCCAAAGCUGAGGAGACUUCCACUCAACUCUAACAGUGCAAAAGGAAACAAAAUCAGCAUUAAAGGAGAGGAAAAGUGGUCGAAAGAGCUGCAAUGGGAGGAUGAAUCUACUAGAAAUGCUUUUCUUCCUUGUUUCAUUGCAAUUUGAAGAAAGGCCUGAAAUUGCAACUGUGCAGCAAGACGGUUUUGGGUACUGCUAUCCUAAAACCAUUUCUAAAGAGAAGAGGCAGAAAGCAAAAUCUCCUGCUACUCGUUUUUAGUAGAUUGAGAAAGACUUUAAAGCUCGUUUGUUUGCUACUGAACUAGAAAAUAAGGUCAUUGGUGAUCAUUGUGAUAUAGAUUAUAAUUACUCGUUCCUUAAUGGGAUUGCUUGUUACAGUGUUGCUUUUCUGUUAUAGACCUUGGUAUUAUUUGUCUUUUAAAACAUAUAUACUUUUAUUUUCCUGUUUCUUCUUCAAUCAGCAACUGAUCCUUUAACAAAGUUUGACCGUCAUUUCUCCAUAAAUAUUGUCUUUUGGGUGGGAGUUUGUCAGAAUGGAAGGGUGAGAGAAGCGCAGAUUAUUAAGCGAAAAGCUAUAAAAACAUGCAGAAUGUUGAGUACUAUGAAAAUUUGUUCUGCCAUUGGAUGAUUUAUGGGACCGAGUUGAUCUAACAAAAAUUAGAGUUCCUACACCAGACCGACAGCAUAACUCCAACUUCACUACACGUUUCAAACAGGUUUGUGGUCUAAUGGAAGCCCAUUAAAAGUUCAAAGUAAAAUGCUUGCCACCACCUUUUGCUUGGCAUUUGUUUCAGAAGAAGGUUGGAAAUGAUACUCUCAACCUGCAGCCAGAUAUUCCUAAGCUCGCAGUAAUUGUGGCCCAAGAGUGUGCCGUUUUGCCACAAGCACUUAUCACCAUUGGUUGUGCCAUCGCCUGCAAGAAGAACCCAAAAGAAUAGAUUCUUGCAAUUGAGGUUCUAAAGAAAUGUGCCUCAGAAUUUUCAGGUCUGGGUUUGAUAGAGCAUGCUAGACAUCCUGAGUGAUUGGUAGAAGACAUAAGCAUUUCCUCUAAGCAGCUAUUCACUCCAAACUCCUGUCUGUUCAAUAAUUUUAAUUCUGAUUCCACUUCACAGGAUAUAAUUUCGUAAC